AUGCAGUCCAAGUUCCUCGCUGCCCUUCUCUUCUCCGCCACCGCACUGGCAGCUCCCCAGUCCGGUAGCAUCUCUUCCGAUGACAUGGGAAUUCUCGACUCCAUCCCUAACUCCAUCUUGACCGUCCUCGAGACCGCCAUUCCGGUCUCCUGGGCCCAGGACAUGAUGGACCCUGCCUUCCAGAGCUCCGUCAUGUCCGAGGUGGCCGCUGGCACGAUGCCCGCCUGGUACAGCUCCCUGCCCGACAGUGUCAAAGCCUGGGCCACCUCUCCCGGUAACGCUCUGCUGAGCGACUUCGCCGAGGCCACCGCCACCGCCGCGGCCAUGGCCUCGGACAUCUCCACGGCAGUCACUGGCAUGGCGACCGCGGUCGCGGCGGCCGAGUCCACUGCUGCGGCGGCCGUCAGCAGUGCCGUCUCUUCGGCCAACGCCGAGGUCAGCUCCGCCGUGGCGUCUGCUUCGUCGGCGGUCUCUGCCGCGGUGUCGUCCGCUCAUGCGUCGGCGACUUCGACCGGCGGUGCUCCCAUUGCGACUGGCGGGGUGGCCAUGAGCAUGGUGGGCGCUGCUGGUAUUUUGGGCCUGGCUCUUGCUCUGUAG